AGCAUGCUCCGUCUUCGUCGUUACAGCUGCUGCUAGCCAUUCGUCGGCGGCUCUGUGGUCUAGAUGGAUGUGUGCGCUUGUUUGUGUCUGUGAUGGCAACACGGCCUCGACAUCACCUUCCUGGCACGUCAACUCUUACUUGCAAUUAUACGCAUUUUACUCGAUAUGUUGGACUCUAGCUAAGAAGUCGAUGCUGGGCUAUAUUAUCUUAGUGAUUAUAGUAUUGAAUUGAAGUGUUUGUGGUAUCCAGGGGAGAACAAUGCCUUCGUGUGUACAUAUUAGAGUGAGUGGACAUGAAAAGAUACAGGCAAGAACAUAGGGAAGUUGUAAGGUAAAUCCUCACUAGUGAAAAUGGAAAAAUAUGAGAAACUGAGCAAGAUUGGGGAAGGUUCAUACGGGGUCGUGUUCAAGUGCAGGAAUAGAGAAACAACACGCAUCGUUGCAAUCAAGAAGUUCAUGGAAUCAGAAGACGAUGCUCUGAUCAAGAAGAUCGCACUGCGGGAGAUUCGGAUGUUGAAGGAUACACAGCGCAGAACGAGGAUCACGCCGCUUGCUGCCUCCUUCCUGACUCCAGGAUACACAGCGCAGGACGAGGAUCACGCCGCUUGCUGGCUCCUUUCUGACUACAGAACACAGAACGCAAGACGAGGAACACGCCGCGUGCAACUGAAACACAUAAACUUAGUGAAUUUAUUAGAAGUCUUUCGGCGGAAGCGGCGACUCCACCUUGUGUUUGAAUACUGCGAGCAGACAUUGCUAAACGAACUCGAUAGGUAUCAGAGAGGGGUGCCAGAGGUUCUGACGAAGAAGUAUAUUUGGCAAGUCAUUCACGCCAUUAGUUUCUGCCACCAGCAUAACUGCAUUCAUCGUGAUGUGAAGCCAGAGAACAUUCUCAUCACGAGGAAUGGCGUUAUCAAGCUGUGUGACUUUGGCUUCGCGCGCAUUCUAACUGGUCCUUCCGCUGACUACACGGAUUACGUAGCCACACGAUGGUACCGGGGACCUGAGCUUCUCGUCGGUGAGACGCAGUACGGUCCACCGGUCGACGUGUGGGCUAUCGGCUGCGUGUUUGCGGAACUGCUCACUGGUCAACCGCUCUGGCCCGGGAAGUCCGAUGUUGACCAACUCUAUCUGAUUAGGAAAACAUUAGGUGAAAUGAUACCUAGGCACAAUCAGAUCUUCGCGACUAAUCAGUUCUUCUACGGUCUCAGCAUUCCCGAGCCAGACUACAUGGAACCGUUGGAGGUAAAAUUUCCAAACAUUAACCAUGCAGCCCUGCAUUUAAUGAAAUGCUGCCUGGUGCUGGACCCCGCACAGCGCGUCCCGUGCAAGGCGCUGCUUGACCACCAGUACUUCGAGGGUCUGUUUGAAUCUCUCACGAACAGGGACAGGGACAGCAACCGGGACGUGACGCCGGCGAAGAGGGACAGCGGUGGUCGCGUGCAGCAGCGCACCGUCGGCCCCGUGUCGCUCGUACAGCAAUCGCUUCUUCCCCAGCUCAACGGCGGAGUAGGCUCGACAAGCUCUUCCCCCGAGCCACGGACCAACAACGCUGCGCGGAAACCCAAGUACGACGAUCACCACUUGCCCAACAUAUGACUGGUCGGCCAAGGAGUGUUCAGUCAUCGUCCUUUGCAGCAACAGCACCAUCACCAGCAACAACAACAACCGCAUGAGCAACAGCAGCACAAUUCGUCCAUCUACCCAUCGGAGAAUCAGUCGAAAUUGUGGUAUACGUGAUACGAGUAGACCUAGUUCUAACGCGAUCACAGACACCUAACUCAACGUAUGUUCCCCGAGUGUGGAUACUGACAGGGGCGCCACUAGAUCGUCACUGUGGCGCCUUUCGAACUACGUGCAAAUCAUCUGUUUUUUACGGAUGAACACAUUCUUAUUAGCUAGCUGUGCGUUUAUUUAGGUGCUCCGUUCGUAUAGCUAAGCAGACUCGUUAUCAUCUGCAGAUAUUUAGCCAAGAUUCGAUAACAAAUAUUUUCGUUCUCCGUUUAUCUAGUUCUCAAUCACCUCUGUCUUGUACGUGAUG